AUGAACGCUUUAUACGGCCUGCGCUGCGGCCUUACACCGGUCUACAGCUUCCGGGUGACGGCCGUGAACGCGGUGGGCGCCGGCCCGCCCGGCCAGCCGUCUUUCCCCGUGCAGACGCUGAGAGAAGCGCCCAGCGGACAGGUGGCUGACCUGAGGGCCGUCAGCCGGGGUGCCACGGCUGUGCAGCUGACCUGGCGACCAGCGCCACCCAGCACGCUGCACGGAGAGUUCCUCGGCUACCAGCUGACCUACCGGUCCCCGGCCACCGGCACUAACCGCAGCCUGGUCAUCACCGAACAGAACGUGACGGCGCUCGUGGUAUCCGGCCUGGAGGCUUACACGGAGUACCUGUUCAGCCUGGCCAUCCGGAAUCCUCGCGGACUUGGACCUGCCGCCAUGGCCACGGGACGCACCCGCCAGUCAGUGCCGGGGGCGCCGGCUUCCGUGCGCUACACGGACGUGGGUAGCAGCUGGGUGCUGCUCAUGUGGACGCCGCCCGCCCAGCGCAACGGCAUGCUGCUGCGCUACUGCAUCAACAUCAGCGGCGUGGGCCUGCCGGCUGAGCUGCGCUGGCUGCCCGCCUCCGAGGACCGCUGGCUGCAGCACAAGGUCGACCGUCUCAACCCAUUCACCUUCUACAACGUCGGCGUGUUGGCGGAGACGUCGGUGGGGCGGGGCCCGGCUCGCCACGUGCGCCUCCGCACGGACACCUCGUCGCCGGGCUUGCCUCUCGUGCUCGACAUCAGCUGCGUCAAGGACGGUGCCACGCAGGUGCGCUGGCUCGGCCCGCCGCCCGACAGCCAGCCGGCCGUCAGCUUCUUCACCAUCGGCUACCGCAACGAGCGCGACCGGAAGUACCAGCUGACGCGCACGCCGGCUGGACUCGGCGAACACACGAUAAUCAUGCAUAAUCUGGAUGAGGGCAUGACCUACUUUAAGAUACAGGCAGUGAGAAGAAGCCGGUAUAGCAGAUCGACUGUGUACCGGGGAGUUUUCACAGAGCCGUGGAGCGCGUUGCUGCCAAGACCGCGCGCAGGCUGUGAGCGGUUCCGCCUGAUCCACCCGCGACCGGAGGACUCGACGCUGGCCGUCGGCGUCGGCGUGCUGCCAGACUGGCGCCAGGAGGCGAUCCCGGCGCACAUGUUCGCCGGGUAUGUGCGCGACCUGCGGCGCGGCGCCGACGCCGGCUUCUGGAAGGAGAUGGCGGCGAUCGACGGCGCAGCCGCGCCGCCCGCCAACGGUCAUCACGUCGGUGCCAACGGCACCAACGGCACCAAUGGCUGCACAAAGCCUGUCGGCUUCGUGGCACGUCGUUGUGAUGCAUGUUGUGGACGCUGGGGUGAAUAUGAUGGACUGAUGCUGAACGUGCUUAAAGACGGUCGCUGA